UUUCAGUGGUUGCAGAACCUCCAUUUUUGUCGGAUAACCAUUCAUUUAUUUGCUCAAACCCUGAUUUUCUUUAAGUUCAGAGAACUAAUUAUGCCGCAUUUUUUUUUUCAUUUGCAGAUCAUUAUGAUUGAUAGCAGAACCGCCCUUUUUGUCGGAUAACCAUUGAAAUAUUUGCUCAAACCCCAAUUUUCUUUCUUCUUUGUUCUUUAUGUUUAAUUAAUGCUCGCAGAACUUUCGUAAUUUGCAGAUUGUUUGCAGAAUCACCGUUGUGAUAACCAUAAGAGAUUAGGUUAUGAAGCUGUGAGAAGUUUGUUAUACAGCAACGAUGCUUGGCACUUUACCAAUUUUGCCUCUCCCUGCACCUCCCACUGAUGGGAACCUCGGCCCCCUCCCCCCUGCCCAACUGCCCGAGCAACCUGAGGAUGAGGAGCAGAGCAAGGUGAACUCAACUCCUGCCCCUGUGGCCACCCACACAAGAACCAUUGGAAUCAUACACCCACCUCCCGAUAUUCGAACUAUUGUGGAUAAAACUUCACAGUUUGUGGCCAAGAAUGGGCCUGAUUUCGAGAAGAGAAUCAUUGCGAACAAUGCGGGAAACGCGAAGUUUAAUUUCUUGAAUAGCACUGAUCCUUACCAUGCCUAUUACCAGCAUCGUUUGUCUGAGUUUCGGACCCAGCUUCAAUCCUCCUCUCAACAAUCCGAAACUUCCAAGCCUUCCGAUUCAUCUGCUGCUCCUGAGACGGCCCCUUCUGCUGCACCACAAGCUGAUGGGAAUGAAGCAGCAGCUAAGCCUGAUCUUUUGGCUCAGUUUAAACCUGUACGUAAGGUACUUGAGCCCCCAGAGGCAGAGCAGUAUACGGUUCGACUACCUGAAGGGAUUACAGGGGAGGAGUUGGAUAUCAUUAAGCUUACUGCCCAGUUUGUAGCUCGGAAUGGAAAAUCAUAUCUGACAGGAUUGACUAGUAGAGAGAUUAAUAACCCACAGUUUCAUUUUCUCAAGCCAACCCAUAGUAUGUUCAUGUUCUUUACUGCACUUGCUGAUGCGUAUUCGAAGGUACUAAUGCCUCCAAAAGGGCUGACGGAAAAGUUGAGGAAUAGUGUGGCUGAUAUGACUACUGUUCUUGAACGGUGCUUGCAUCGGCUUGAGUGGGAAAAGUCACAAGAGCAGGCAAGGCAGAAAGCUGAAGAUGAGAUUGAGCAGGAGAGGAUGCAGAUGGCAAUGAUUGAUUGGCAUGAUUUUGUUGUGGUUGAGAUGAUAGAGUUUGUGGAUGAUGAAGAUGAGGAGUUGCCCCCACCGAUGACAUUGGAGGAGGUUAUAAGUAGGAGCAAGACGUCAGCUGUGGAGCAAGAAGUGGAAGUUGUGGAGCCCGGGAAGGAUGAUAUGGAGAUGGAUGAAGAAGAGGUUCAUCUUGUUGAGGAGGGAAUGAGGGCUGCUAGUCUUGAGGAGAACAAUGAUGAUAAGAAGAAUGAGACAAAGGCAGCUCCUGAUGAACCGGAACCGCCAAUGAGAAUAGUGAAGAACUGGAAGAGACCUGAGGAUAGAAUCCCAGCAGAAAGAGACCCGACAAAGUUCGUCGUCUCCCCAAUUACAGGAGAACUGAUUCCUAUUAAUGAGAUGGCAGAGCACAUGCGGAUUUCACUUAUUGAUCCCAAAUACAAGGAGCAGAAAGAGAGGAUGAUGGCCAAGAUUCGGGAGACAACUCUAGCUGCAGAUGAUGAGAUCUCAAGGAACAUUGUAGGGCUUGCUCGGACUCGUCCUGAUAUCUUUGGAACAACUGAGGAAGAAGUUUCCAAUGCCGUUAAGGCAGAGAUUGAGAAAAAGAAAGAGGAGCAACCAAAGCAAGUCAUAUGGGAUGGCCACACAGGAAGUAUUGGACGAACUGCAAACCAGGCCAUGGCUCAGAAUCUUUCUGGAGAUGUUCAAACUGAUGCAGCUAAUGAUGAGGGAAGAGCCCUCCUGGGUCCUGCUGCACCUCCGCCUAAACCCAGUAUACCAUCUGUUCGGCCCCUUCCUCCACCGCCUGGACUAGCGCUGAAUAUUCUACGUAUGCCUCCAAAUUCUGUUCAAUAUUCUACUCCCAGUAGUGGACUCCUUGUGCCUCCUCCUAGACAUCCUGGCAUUCCUAUGCCAAUGGUUCCAUCAGUUAGGCCACCUCCUCCUAUGCCAAUGGGGUCAGGACAACAACCUGUUAUGGUGAACCGACCACCCCCAAUGCCUCCAUCAAUUUCUAAUCCUCCUAAUAUCCCUGUUCCACCUCCACCUGGGUCACAGUUCACUCCAUUGGCCGUUCCUCGACCUUUUAAUCUUCCUGUCCCACCUCCCGCUAUGCCUAUGGUUCCACCCCCACCCUUGCCCCAAGGAAUGCCUCCACCACCACCACCAGAGGAUGCUCCCCCACCGCCGCCUGAUGAGCCAGAGCCAAAGAGGCAGAGAGUCGAUGAUUCUCUCUUUAUUCCAGAGGAACAGUUCUUGGCUCAACAUCCGGGACCUGUUCGAAUUACCGUUUCUGUUCCAAACAUUGAUGAAGGAAAUCUCAAAGGGCAACUCCUGGAAAUCACUAUACAGUCUCUAUCUGAGACAGUUGCCAGUUUGAAGGAGAAAAUUGCGGGAGAGAUUCAACUUCCUGCAAACAAACAGAAACUAAGUGGAAGAGCUGGUUUUCUCAAGGAUAAUUUGUCACUUGCAUAUUACAACAUUGGAGCUGGAGAAACCCUUACCCUUGCUUUAAGAGAACGUGGAGGCAGAAAGAGAUGAAGCAUUUCCUUAGAGGAGGCAUUUAAAGGUUAUAUUGUUGCUUUCUUAUUACUGUGAAUGUUCUUCACUAGAGAAUUGUCACUAUGGGAUUGUAUUCUCUGGCUGUUCUGUUGGAGACUGCAUUUAUCUUUAUUAUCCAGAUCUCUUUCUAAACUGGUUUUAAUUUGGUAUCUACAAUUGAUCUUGCAUCUUGGUGCCUA